UCUGAUCAAAACGGUGCUCUUGUACUCUUGUAUAGUUUAGUUUUGAUAUCAUUUCAUUACAUUACUUUUCUUUCUUUGAUUUUUCAAAAGACUGAAAAAGCUGAAACGUGGUCGUAUUGCCGCCCCUCCUUAAUAAACCUUAACUUGUCAAAAUGGACAGACAGACAGACAAACAGCUAGGAGCCUAGGAAGACAGACCGCCUCUCCCAAACUUUCAAAGAAGAACCCAAAAAAAAAAAAAAAAAAUUUCAAUUUCAACUCCGCGUUUCUUCUCUAUUUUGAGUCUUGACUCUUUCUCUCUCUCUCUCUGAAAUGUAAUGUUUGAGGAUGGAUUUAUAGCUUUGACUUCUACAGUAGCUGCUUAUGGAGCAUUUGAUGCAAACGUACAUGACCAUUGUGGCUGAGAAGGAUGUUGCUGUCCAAGAACGUGAUAUGGCUAUCCAAGAACUAAAAAUUGUGCUUUUUGAAAAGGAAGAAGCUCUUGCUGAGCGGGACAGAGCAAUCCAGGAGCGGGAUGCAGCAAUUGCUGAACACAAACUUAUAUUGGAAAGCUAUGAUGCUCUUAAUGCUUUGUACUUCAGAGAAUGCUCUAUGAAUGAUGACAAGUCAAUCACAGUUUCGCUAGGAAAUGGAAUCUCUCCUGCACCAAAACAUGGGCACCAUCACUUGUCUGAAGCUGCAUUAUCUACUAGGAAUGUUCCUCUAAGUGAUGCAUUAUCAACUUCUGCUGUAGCUACUGGGGUCACCAAGUCUUUCAGAAAGGGCAGGAGAGGUGCCAUAGAUGCAAGAAAGCAGGUUACUACCUCCACAUCAAGUGGAUGGAAAGACGAGCAUGAUUUUGGUGGCAAUGGGAUAGACAGUCAGCUUGAUAUGUCAGAGCUUGAGUGGGAAACUAAAUCGGAUUUGAACAAGUUCAAUUUUGAUGAGUCCACAAUGCCAGCGCCGGUUUGCUCUUGCACUGGAGAAGUUCAGCAAUGCUAUAAGUGGGGAAAUGGUGGAUGGCAAUCAGCAUGCUGCACAACCAAGAUGUCGAUGUAUCCACUGCCCCAUGUGCCCAAUAAGCGCCGCUCCCGUGUAGGAGGCCGGAAGAUGAGUGGUAGUGUCUUUUCUAAACUACUUUGUCGGCUUAUUGAUGAUGGUCAUAACUUGUCUGCUCCAGUAGACCUUAAGAAUCACUGGGGCAAGCACGGGACUAAUCGCUAUAGUACCAUCAAGUAGCCUGUAAAUGUAGGAUUUGCCUAUUUGAUAAAGGAUGGAAGAAGAAUUAUAGUAACAAGGUCAGUGCCCAAAUUUUUUGUUAGGGAAAUGGGCAAAACAGAGAUGAUAUGCUAAUCAUUCAUAGUUAUGUCUAGUAGGCUAUUCUAUAGGAAGCUUUGCUUGCUGUUAUAAAUCUUACUUUUGUUUGCUUAUACAUUUUUUUCUUACCGUGAAAAAAAGAAAGCCGAAAGGAAAUUCACCUGA